CGUGGGGUCAGGUCGCGGGCAGGUGUGUCCAACUGUGCCCAUGUGUGUCUGAGUUCUCUUUCAGUGCUUCUGUCAGUGGAUUCAGUAACAGGUCGAAACUACAGAACUGGGUCGGGGGUUCGGCACACCCUGAGCGGAGAAACCCCGAGGUUUUGGUUCAUUUACCUGAAAACCUUCACAGGCGCAGUGGAGAGUUAUCAUCCGCGUCACAGCUGCGCCACGGAAAACGUUGCAGCUGGACGCUCCUCCUGAGCUUUUAAAAAGAAACAGUCGUUGAUUUAAUGCAAAGCAGAGCGAGUCUGCAUGGAGGACCAGUUGACUUCCUGAAGAGUGCUGCUCGCACCUCCACCUUUUCUCUUGCUUGUCGUUUCACAAUCAGAGAGUUUGUACAGGUCAGCAAGAUGGGUCGAUGGAUCAACCUCUAAGAAUCCGCUGGUCCACUUCAUACAGGAACCAGUGCUAGAAUCAAGUAAAGUUCAAAGACCUCCAAUAGACCCUGAGGAGCAGCUCCUUUCGCAAUCUGCUGGAAUUAAAGCUUCAGGACCGAGGGGUGAAUCUGUGAGUCAGAACUGACCUGUUUGGACCGAGGGAUACCUCUGAUGAUGAUGAUGCUGAACCUAAAGUAUGUGGGCGUGCUUUUGCCGGUGGCUCUGCUGUUGGGAGUGGCGUUUGUCUACCUGAACUCAUUCUACAGAUUAAAGGAAGGCUUCUAUGAUUCUUCGACAGGACGAUUUGUGGAUGAAAACCUCAUUGGAAGUCCUGACCUCCACUUGGUGGCACCUGAUGGGCUAAAGUACCCACAGCCGAGCAUCAUGCAUGGUCGGACUGACAUCGUGUCAGUGACGCCCUGGUUAGCUCCGAUCGUCUGGGAGGGAACCUUCAACCCGGUUAUCCUGGACAGCAUCUACCAAAAGAAGAACAUCAGCAUCGCUGCCACAGUGUUUGCUGUGGGGAAGUACAUCAUGUUCCUGAAGAACUUCCUGGAGACGGCAGAGGAGCACUUCUUCGUUGGUUUCAGAGUGAAUGUCUAUGUGUUCACCGACCGGCCGAAGGAGGUGCCUGAAGUCAAAAUGGCUGCUGGCAGAGAGCUAAUAGUGCGUUCUGUGCCGAGCUCCAAACGCUGGCAAGAGAUCUCAGCCCGACGGAUGGAGCUAAUCCAGACUCUGAUCGAAGAGACACUCCUGAACAAUGUGGACUACAUCUUCUGUCUGGAUGUGGACUCGAAGUUUCACAGUCGCUGGGGGACCGAGUCACUUGGAGGGCUGGUGGCUGUGAUCCAUCCAGGCUACUACCAGGACAACCGCAAUAAGUUCCCUUACGAGCGGCGGCCCUCCUCCAGAGCCUACCUGGCUUCUGGUGAAGGUGACUUCUACUACUGCGGAGGCGCCUUCGGAGGCCUCCUAAUGGAGGUCCAUCAGCUCGCCAGGACCUGUCGCAAGAACUUCGAGGAUGACGCCAAGGAAAACAUAGAGGCCGCCUGGCAGGAGGAGAGCCACUUAAACAGGUACAUGUGGACCAACAAGCCCAGUAAGGUUCUGUCCCCUGAAUAUCUCUGGCAGGACUUCAAACCCAGAAACCCAGAAAUUCAUACCGUCAGGUUUUCUGGGGUCAUAAAGAACUACGCUGAAAUUCGACCCAACUGAGCCGAUCCAGACAGAACCAGACUGGAUUGAGUGCACUGCAAAAGACCAAACAGGACUGGACCAACCAGGAAGUACAGCGCUAACCACUAUCAGGAUUUCUAGUACCUCUUUUACACUUAAUAUUUACCUUCGAAGACACUUCCUGUCUGACCCAGUCCAUCCCCAUCCAUACUCAGAACUCCAUAGUUGUCAUAACCUCUUUUGAGCAUGUGCAAUCCUCACCUACUGGAUCCAUUCUAUUGUUCUACUGAUUUAUCUGUGAGUCUGUUUAAAGAAACCCAAAAGAACCUAGAGUUGUGCUUCAUUUCUGUAACUGAAGGUAGUGGUGGUGACUUCUUCUCUAGAUCCAAUAAUUCUGAUGCCAAUGUUCUGCUCUCUCCCCUGGUGAGCAGGUUUCAAGUGGUCCGGUUUAAUCAGCUGGACUCUGUCAGGUGCUUCAGUUAAUACGUCAACAUAAAAACCCGGUUUAAAGAACCCUCCUUCAUUAAUGAUCACAAGGCUCACGUAUAAACCCACACAGACAGUUUGUGAGGCAAACCCAAUGCAGAUGUUGGUCAGGGUCCUCAGCUUCUUUCAGGUAUUUCUUCAGUGAUUUAUCUCCAUGAAGUCAUCACAGAUUCCUCCACUAACACUAUGGGAAGAGAACAUUGAGCUGAUCUACUGCUGAAAAUGAGCCUUUUCUCCACAACUCUGGAGAAAAACUAGAUCUUUGUCCUCACAGGAGAAGCUGCAGCUUCACAGAAGGCUUUAAGGUCAGUUUCUCUACUUUGCUCACCGGCUUCAAUAAAGACAUCUGGUUUUAUAGCUCCAGUAAAUUCUAUCUACUAGCAGAAUCAGUUGUUUUAUGGGCCAUCUGGUCCAGACUUGAGUCCUGGACCAGAAUUAUGGAAAUAAGCUACUGUGUGUGUGUAACCCUAAUAAAUUACGUAUGAAAAUUUGA